AAUGGAUUGAAUUCUGUCCAGAACUGAUCCAAUCCAGCACGUAUGAACACAUUCAGUGAGUCACCUGCACUCGAAAAUGUCGCUCAUGAGCCACACGCACUCAAUGGGGAACAUGCCCCUGUCAGCCCAUCCCCCACCCAAAACCGCAUUGUCGGGCUUCCUCUCUGUCUCACCAGCCGCUUCUAAAUCACCCUCGCCCUCGCCCCCGCCACCUCCGCCCUCACUCUCACCGCCGCCACUCGGCACCGGGGCAGAUGGCCCGGUGUUGUCACCAUUGCAUCCCCUGUCGUCCCCCUGGCCAUCCAUGGCUGCAUUUGCCAGCCCCAUGUCUUGAUCAUCAUCCCCGCCGCCCUCAUCCCCAUCUCCUUGCCUCCCGCCGUCUGUCUUGCGUCGGGCCGCCUCUCGCUGAGGCCUCGGGAUCCGCUUCGGUCGCGGCUUGCUGACGCCCUCUGUCGCCUCCGACUCCUUCUUUCGGAAGCGCUUUCGCUGGUGUGGCGCGGCGAAGAGCUCCGUGCCGAGGGAGGUGGACUUGACCACCACAGACGGGCGCCACUGUGCUGGGGACGGGCGGUGGUCUGACGAUGAUGCACUGGCGGCCUCCUUGUUGUCGGUGCCGCCGACCUGCUGCAUGUAGUGGUGGAAGGCGGCCGUGAAGGAUGGAUCGAGGGGGUAGUCCACCCACAAAGGCAGCUGAGAGUGCGUCGUGGUCAGGCCGAUGGACGGGCCCAGCCGCCCCAGGCGAGGCUUCACCGUCGGCCCCUGUGACGCCCCAGCGGAUUGCUGCUCGUCGGCUUGGUCGAGGUCCAGUGCGAUAUCCCCGUUGAGGGGCCCCUUCUCACACUUGAGCCGCCCAACGAGACGAAAGCUGGGUUUGGCGGGCUUCCGGGCAGGUGGACAGGCUGCUGCUGUUGCUGCUGCUGCUGCUGCUGCUGCCGGUUUGGGGCUGUGAGCGUCAUGGUGCUCGUCCUUGGCUCGCUUGGCGACUGCAUCCGACUGUGUGUCGACGGCAGCAGCAGCCGCUGGCCCGCCCUCUGCCUCUGUCGGGUGCUUCCGCUUCAUGCCCUGCUGCGUUGCCGUCUCCGGUGGCCCGCCCCCAGUGACGCCAUUGGUGUCGGCAGGCCGCAUGUCGACAUCACCUUCACUGGCAUGUGGCCGAUGCUCGUCGCCACCAGCCGCCAUGGACGCCGGCAACGAGGGGAGUGACGAGGUCGCAGCAGCCGCUGCUGCAGACGAUGGCGGUGGUGCUGUGGGGGAGGGGGAGGGUAAGGGGGCGUCUUGUGGUGGGGGAGAUGAUGGUCGUGCGGCGAAGUCGCGACGGGCCAGCAGCACCUCAUAUACAUCCGCCUCCAAACCUGACCAGCAAACCAACCAAAAUAUUGAUCAGGAUAACUGAACCAAUGAGCUCGUUUCCCGCCUCUUCUGGUUGUCCCCUGCUACCUUUGUCUCUGUCGUGUAUCUGCAGGCUGAUGGCGACCUUCAUGUCGUACCAUGCCCUCAGCCGCAGCACCACCCCCGACGGCCACCUGGCACUCACUCUAGCGUUGUCCACCGAGACGGCCCACCACCCGCGCCAACACGCAGACCCGUCGUCCAGCUUGUGCACACGCACUGGCCCGUCCUGCUCCUGCAGCGGAGGCCGAUUGAGCAGACCAUUGCUGGCCUGCGAGGCGUCCAAAACCUCGAUAUCCGUCACCCAGCUGGCGCGCAAGAGGGUCACCUGAUUAAGGAUGUGGUGUUGCGCAUGACAUAGGGAAACGGUGAGCGUGUGGGUUGCUACUUGGUCGUUGUGUGAGGGGUUGAGUGGAGGUAUGUUGAGGGGGCCGCCGGGCGGCACGCGCAAGAGGAACAGGCGCACCCAUCGCUCAAACGGGCCGACGCGGAGGUGCAGCUUUGCAGCAACGGCUUCCAACACCUGAUAGGCAUGCAAGUCAGAGACACAGACAGACAGACAGACAGACAGACAGACAGAGAGGCAGAGUCUGUGCGUGUGUCCGUGUUUGUGUACAGUGUCGAUCGGCGAGUGGAUGACGAGGUCCGCUUCGUCGUGAAGCGACGUCCGCUGGAUGUUCACUAUCGCCAGCUGAUUGAUAGGAUGCGACGCAGACACAGCACACGGCAAUCCACCUGUCAGCGCUGUGGCAGGAAGGCAGGUACAGUACCUUGGCGUUUCGCUUCUUGGGUUUGCGAUUCUUGGCGUUCAUCGGCCACUGUCCGGCGGGGUCCAUGCGAAGGCUGGUGCCCAGACAGAGAUUCAGCUCAGCAUCACGCGACAUCUGACCACCACACACCAACCACAGCCUCCCCGCCCGCCACUGCUGGCUACUUCUGCCCCACGCAGGAUGGUACCUUUUCGCUUUUGCUUUGGUAUCGUGCCUCGAGGUUGUCCUCCCAAUCCAGCAACACGUCGACACACUCACCUGAUACACAGAUGGAUGGACACACACAGAGAUGCAGCUGGCAAGCGUGCAGACAUCAUGGAUGACCUUGGGGUGGGUAGCUGCAGAUGUGGCACUUGUGGCCCGUCGGCGUGAAACUCAGCGUCUGGAUAGACAGGACAGGCGAGCACACGGGCCAGUCAUUGCCGCCUGUAUGACGUUGGUGCCAUCUUCUGUGUGCUGACCGUCAUUUGGUAGUCGCGCAGGAACCGUCGGCCGCAGUCUUCGCAUCGCUCCAUGCACACUGACAUGUAAACACAGCGGCUAAUGAGACCAAGAGAGGACGUGUGGAGUUGUGUGUGCCUAUGGAUGAUACCAUUGCCAUGCACCUCCGCCAUGACGUCGAUGGGAAGGCCUGCAUGACACACGACAGGCGGACCAACGGAUGCCCACAAUGGUCUCACCGACCCCACCUGUCCUGAAAACGACAAGAGAAAUAAAGGAAAGAUCCAUUCACUGAACUGAUGCCGGCCAUUCAGAUCCAUUCAUGUGCAAUGCAAUGCAGCCCACCUUGCGUGCAGUGAGUCGACAUUCUGGGUGAUCAGAUAACGCAGGCGGCCUGAACGCACCGACAGACAGACAGACAGACAGACAGACAACAAAGCAGCAAACACAGACAGACACAUGCAAGUUUGUGUUGCCAUGCCAGCUCCCGCCCUCCCAGCCACCAUCCCACCUGCCCUCCACAGAUCGCAUAUGAACUGGUGUCCAUACGAUGGGAUGGCUUUCUCGAAGUCGACAGCGUCGCGCUCUUCGUCACCAAAACGGACCUUGUGAGUCUCUGCACACCCACACAAACCAGAAGCAGCAACUCACAUGACGUUCGAGCAGGGGGCAAGGAGCAUCGUGGGCUCACCGGCGCCGAGCUCCACGCCCUUCUUCUGAAGCGUCCAGCUGCAUCGCACAAACGUGACGCAACACACGACAAGAGAGAUGGGGAGUAGCCUCUCUUGGAUUUGCCGUGCAGGGUGUCAUCCAUCGUACACGCCAGAAGGGCCACGAAAGUCAGCUAUGCCGCAAGUGGUCGAUAUCCCAGCACCUGACACAGCAGAUGCACAAACAUAACACAUCAGCCAUAGAGCCCAUACGCGUACCCUACCCUACCCGUGUGCACGACGACGGACUCGGCCCUGCGUAUCAGGUCCGCCAGCCGGCCCACCUUGCUCUCAACUGAUUGGUCCACGCACACAGGAUGAAGCAAACGGAAGAGAAGACCUAGAAUGCGUUGGUUGCUUCGUGACUGUGUUUCGCUGCCCGCUCACACGUCUGCGGGGUCUCGCUGAACUCCUUGCAGCCGACGGGACCCUUGAAGUCUGCCGAAGUCACACAAAUGCAACCACAGACAGUCAAAGAAUUGAAGACCGCAGAGCAGGUGAAGGUGGCGUUUGUGUGUUGUGUGUCAUCUGUGCGUACCGCAUUGCUUCAGACGAGCGGCGUAGCUCUCCGCCAU